AUGUGGCUCCUAUACAAACUCUGCAUAAAAUGCCAACCUCGACACAGCCAUGAAACGAACACUCUCCUCCCAACGCAUACAUCGUAUCCAAGCAUGUCGACGUCAAGACAGAACAUUCUCCAUCACCACCAGCGUUGUCAUACUUGGUCUUUACAUACGACUGUCAUGUUGGAAGACCUGGCGACUGCAUUUCAUCAUGACUCAAGAGCUGCAAGACCAUAG